AUGGCAAGUAACGCACCUGUUCGGAUCGCUACUCCUGCCGUUAAGGUGCGCGAGGCGCCGUUCUCGUUACACUCUGAAGGUCCGCAGCGGAUGUGCAGCAUGACACGGCCUGUAGCGCGUACGCAACCAGUAAUGGCAGUUCGAUCGAGCCCGUGGGCUGUGCUUGACGUUGAGCCGGAUGACUUGGAGGUAGCUGGGAGCACACUUGAUGAACCCAUGACACCACAGAGCUUUUCUUCCAUGGUGCUCCACAACGAACUUAAAAAGUUGAAUCGGACGACUGCCAGUGGCAGCAGCAAUAACAACAAAAUUGACUCUGGCGUAAACCCAAUGCUUUCGUGGCGUGACCAAAAGGGCAGUGGCGUCCUUCCGUCGUUUUCGAACAGCAUCCAGUGUUCAAGUAGUUCAUCUAGCCAUCAAUUCAGUACCUGCCGCCGAAGUGAGCCGUUGACAACAGAUGCUAGUUUCCACUUGAGCGACAACAGGCGUCCACCGUUGCCAUUCGCCGCGCAUGGCUACACUGAGUACACGCGUGAUGUUGCCGCACUGCCGCCCACGUCGCUGUGCGUCACGUCUCAUUCGCACGAUACAGACAACAGUCCCGCGUCCCCCCCGGCGCGCUCAGCAUAUGAUGGAAGUGCAAUGUGCUUUCAGCAGCGUGACUCGUCACGCUUGUGGCCAGUUGGUUGCUUUCCGCCUGUGCCAAAGGAACUGCACAACGUGAACGUCGGUCGCUCCCGCUCUCAGUCAUGGAAAUCGAGUGUGUUAGAAUCCUCCUCCGCUGAAAAGCAAGCUAUGGGCAACCAUCAGAAGCUGUUGAACGACAAAUACGUCAUCUACUCCAAGUGGAACCUCGGCGUUGGCUCUUACUCAAAGGUGGUGCUCUGCUACAACCUGGAAGACAAGGUGUACUAUGCAAUGAAGGUGCUUGACCGCGUAAAACUGCAGCGCAAAGGCCUUGGUGUUGACUGCGCGUUGCACAAGGUGCAGUGCGAGAUCGCCAUCAUGAAGCGACUUCGCCACCGCAACAUCGUGGAGUUAGUAGAGGUCAUUGACGACCCACGCAGUCGAAAGAUCUAUCUUGUGCUGGAACUCGCAGAGCAUGGUGAAAUAAUGUCAAUGCGGGACGACGGCACGGUAAUUCCCACCGACGACAACACGGCGUUGCCUGAGCGCGAAGUAGUGCGAGUGAUUCGCAGCAUCGUAAGUGCAGCAAUGUAUGCCCACCGACUCGGUAUUGCCCACCGCGAUAUCAAGCCCCAGAACAUUCUGCUGACCGCGGAGGGGGAUGUUAAGCUCUCCGACUUUGGUGUGUCCAUUAUUGUGGACGACUCCUCUGUACGGGUGAGACGCGAAGGCAGCGUGGCGUUCCUACCACCGGAGAUGCUGGCUUACCCCGAAGUCAAUGCAGUACCGCCCACACUGUGUCACUCCAACGAAAACAGUAGCAGCACUGCAAGCAGUGCCAAGUGCGACUCCACCUCGUUUGCGCCAACAUCGGCGAGGUGCACGACGAGUAGUACCAAUCCGGCAAAUGUACCAAGGAAAGGUACACAGAUAGUUGCGAGUGAAAGUGAUACAGCAGAGACAGCAACCGAAAGAACUCGUCCUGCGUUUGACAAUGCGCCGGAUACGUCGACAUAUGCACAGGCGUUGUCAAAAGACAUGGCAUCGCCAAGUGGUGUGUCUGUUGCACCACAAGUGGAUCUCUUCAAGGCUGACGUUUUCUCCCUAGGUGUCACAGCAUUUGUGCUCCUUAUGGGGCAUCUGCCGUGGCGCGCUCAUGACGCUUACUCACAUUUGAAUGCCAUCCUCACGGACCCAGAUCCAUUUGAGUCUGAGUUUCGAAAGCUCUAUGGGUGUAUUCCAGGCGAUUCUCAUGAGAUGAAGAGUAAACAGAAACGACAAGGAAAACAACCGAGACAACAGGAUCGCACGAGUGAGGACGAGCCAUUGACUGAACUCUGUGGCUGUGCUCUAUCUCUCAGUGCGAUGACGGUGGGUGAUGAAGAAAAGUCGGCUGUUAGUACUCUUCCAAACGGUGUGACGGUAUCGGGCUAUAAUGAGUCCCUGAGUGCACGAAUGAAUGAUUUCGCUGAGACAGGGAGAGAGAACCUCUCGUGGCGCAAAUCAUUUACAUCCUCUGCACUGGAGGAAUGUACAGUUCAAACCGGGCAGAGUGAGUCACAAGUUGGUGGUGCCAGCAGCAAUGAAGGAGAUUUCGAAAAUGGCAAUCCUAUGAGGGGUGCUUUGUAUUUGAAGAAUGCAUGGCGCACCCCCGACACGACAGGCUUUACGUGGGGAGCUGACGACUCACACGCUCGUAACAGCCAAGCCAACGUCAGUAACAGCAUCACUACCACCACCGUGGGUUCUACGCUGAGAGAAAAGACAUCAACGCCAUUUGAAGAACCGGCUUCCCGGUCGGUGGUGCGGAACAACAGUACCACAGUAGCGCCUGUGUCGCUCAGAAACACCUCGCGAAAGCAGCAUUCCUCUAGCGGACGGUUUGAGUCCACACACACAAACAGCGCAUGCUCGUCAUUUAGUCCGAAUUUUCCGCUGGCCCUCCAGCAACGAGGGUGCGUGGUGGCGCACGUAGAAAACCGUGAAGAUGGAAUGACCUUGAGGGAUCCUCCCUUAUCAGUGAAAGAGCUGUCACAGACACCACAUGCGGAGUCCAAGGCGUGUGUGGGGGCACAUGCUAGUUCGGAGGGGCCGCUUGGUAAGGGUAAGGCGCCGUAUUCCGUUCUUUAUGAAGCUACUGAUGAGACGAAUCGUGGUGCUAUCAUGUCAGGUAAUCAAGAGGGGGAAAUACCAGCUGCUACACAGUAUCCGAGGAACAUGGAGGGGUGGCCACGCUCCCUUCCUGCAACAAAAGUAAACGGUUCUAUCUCGGCAGACGCGAUUGACUUCAUACGGUGCUGUCUGAAGGUGGACCCCGCGGAGCGCAGCACUAUGAGACAGCUCUACAAGCAUCCGUGGAUACAGAAAUUGAUUGCUAGUGAAAGAAGGGCAGGUGGGUCAUCACUUUCCCCCGGUGCUGUUGUUCUUUUGGACGAUUCUUACAGUGGUGCCAGCAGUGGAGCAUGUGGAGACGGACGUCUAUCGAGUACAACCGCGGAAAACGUGCGAUCAGCAGAGCACGACGGUGGUGGGGAGAAACUGGCGCCUAUGGUCAGUAACGCCGUCAGCGAUAAUGACAACGACGCUGAUGGCGUCUGUUGCCCCUUGUUACCCUCGAGGGCUGUGACUGCCAACGACGUUCGAGUCUCGGCCUCAUCGAGUACGCACUCGAUGGUGGAUCUGUUGCGCUCGCCUGAACUGCAGCAUGCCGUGGAGGGAUGUGGUACCGGUUUGCAAGGUGUAUCAGGACGUGGUGCGGGCUUGGCUGCCAUGUCGACUGGCACACUUACCAUUUCUGCUCUCACGUCUCCGAGAAACGACGCAUUUGAGCGUAACAAGACGGAGAGCACCAUGUUCCGCAACAACAGUGAUAACACACUUUCCCCGGAGAGUUGCCGUAUUACAAGUGAAGUCAAGUCACACCACGUCGAGGUAGCCCUUGCCCCUCCCUCUCGGGAUUUGUCGCAAGGAGUCGAAGGUCUCAACGACGCGGUAACGCACGCAAUAAACCGCCCGCGCGUGCUGAGUGACAGUGAAGAGAUUGCUGUUCCACUCGGCCUCGCCCUAAGGUUGCGUGAGCGGCGGUCGGCGCGCCUUCAGCCCUUUCGCCGACCUCACUUUGAUGAAGACUCGUCGUUCCGCUACAGCAGGGACGAUAGCUGCAUGAAGACGCCACGUUUUCUGGGUAAUGCGCAGACUGUCUCUUCAAAAACACAGAGUAGCCUGGAGGAGCCGGCGGGACGCAGCUUCUCAGUACUGCUCGACGUCGAGGAGGACAGCGUUGUGGGGACUAUGCAGACCACCGCUGCUAGCAUCAGUGGGAAGGAAAGAUCAAUGGGCAGCAUGCUCGUUGACCGGGUGCCUCCCCUCCUUUCAUCUCCGGCAUCCGCGUUGGCAACAUGCCGGAGACCAGAUGAUCAAAAGCAGCUGCCGCAGUCGCUGCAUGAACGCUCUUUUUCAUGUCCUGAAUAUUACUGA